AUGAAGCUGCAAGUGAUCCUCCUUCGUCAGCUUCAAACCAAGGAGAUGCUGCUGGGAGUCUUUGAAGGCUUUGUCCGAAGGGUUCGAGAAGAUCAGCCGAGCGGGCAUGAGCCAGAGGAGAUCCCACAAACUGAAAUGGACCUGAGUUUCGAGAGCGAUGCGCAGAAGGAUGAGGAUGAAGACCCAAACCUCGAAGCCAAACAAGCAGCCAAGGAAUGGGCGCACCGUCGAUAUGAAGAUGUGCCUCCCGAGCUCACUCCAGAGUGCCUUAGCCGCCUCGAUGCAGCUAUGGAUCAGUUGGAAGUCAAGCGCUUGUUGGCGAUUGGAGUGGUUCGCAAGCUUGGGGAUAGUCAGCAAGGGGGGCAUGCACCAGAGGGCAUGAAGUCCAGGCUCGUUGCCAAGGAAUACCGCUUCUUGGCACCUGAACUCGAACAUUUGUAUGCAGCAGCUUCCAUGGCAGUUCUUCAGCGUGUCUUUGCUGGGUUGUGUGGAAGCGGUGAAAAUCUGGUACUUUACAGUGUGGAUGUGAGUGACGCUUAUUUGCAAGUUCCACAAAGUUGCCCAACAUGUAUUGUAUCGAAUGACGGCGAGUACCUUGAGCUCCUGUAUAGUCUACCGGGUCAGAGAGAUGCUGCGCGAGGGUGGUAUUUGCACUUCAAGGAAAUUGUUAAGGGCAAUCGUUUGAAGCCUUUUGAGGGUGCUCCUGCAGUGUUCCAUGAGAAAGGGAAGAUUCCGUGCAACAGUCAUGUUGAUGACCUUCAUUUGUGCGGUGGCAACUCCCCUGCGCAGGAGCUGUUGGAUAGCUUGAAGAAGAGUGGCCUGAGGGUCAAAGUGGAAGGUCCGGUACGCAUUGAUGGAGGAGAAUGCCGCGUCUUGAAGCGGUUGUUCAUGGGUGAUGGUUCGGGCAUUUUGGUUGAUGUGGCAGGUUGCGCCACAUUGAUCUGGCCAACUUGCGAGUAUCAACUCGGACAUGUGAUUGAGAGGGUGAUCACUACCAACGCGUGUCCACAUGACAUCGGUCUGAAGGGUAGGAGCGGAAAGGCUCGUCUCACCAUGGCAAUGUUGUUGACGGAUUCUGUGGAUGGUGCUAAGCUUGACAGUGCGAACCACAUGGAGCCCAUCGGUUACCUGUUCAUGGAUUUCUUGAUGGCAAUGAUGGUGCUCAUCAUGGUUGUGAUCUUUGUCUACUUCGUCUUCUCCCUCAGCAAGGUGUACGUGUACAAGGAGAACACGUGCUUCCGCAUCUUCGUGUUCCUGCUCCUCUUCUUCUUCUUCUUCCAGGCGGACGCGUUGAAGUACACCAUCACAAUCGAGAUCGAUGGACAAGGGUGCAAGCUCUCAAACGGUUGUGGUUCCCAGUGGCGCUGCUUCUUCGUCUACAAGUUCAACGGUUGGUGGCGCUACGUCCUCUUCGGCUUCUGCGGCAACUGCGUUGGCAAGUGCGGGCCCCGCUACGUCAGGGGACAACCCAACAACGGGCCCAACAACACAGGCGGGUGA